AUGCCAUCGCCCAGAGCAGGAAUCCAAGCUCUCCCUCCAGAUGUUGCUGCCAAGAUUAAGUCUUCCAUCUCAAUCACCCAUCUAAACGGUGUGGUUUUGGAAUUGGUCAAAAAUGCCCUAGAUGCAAAUGCCAGCACUGUCCACAUCUCCGUGGAUUUUAAGCGUGGGGGUUGUAUCGUCGAAGACGAUGGCGAUGGAAUUCGUUCCGUUGAAUUUGAGGCCACAGGGGGGCUUGGGAAAGCUCAUCACACCUCCAAUUUCCAAAAGACAGACAAAUAUGGUCAACGCGGUCUCUUCUUAUUCGCUCUGAGUGCGCUAUCUUUGCUUACUGUGACAUCCUGCCAUGUCCAAGAAAAAACCACAAAUUCGGUUAUAUUUCAUCGCUCUAUGCCCGUGGCGCGUUUGAUCCCAGCGCCUGCGCAUCAAGAUCUUCGAUUUGGUGAACACGGCACAUGUGUGACGGUGAAUGACCUUUUUGGCAAUAUGCCAGUACGUGUCAAGCGUCGCGCCCUUGCCUUGGAAAGACAGGAUGAGUUGGAUCGAGAAUGGGAUAGUCUGAGAUGUUCGCUGGCCGCUCUCAUGUUAGCCAACCCUCUCCUACUGAGAUUGGUUAUCUCCGAUGCGGAGCGGGGCAAGAGAAUCUCUAUUCGCCUUGAUAAAUAUCCACGGGGUGAUAGUGUGAAUAUCUCAAAUGAAAUUGGCCUACGCCGGAUUGGAUCGAUUUUGGCGCAAUCCGGGAUGCUCAAUUCUAGGAAACUGGAUUCAUGGCAUGUCAUUUCGGCUAGUGUUCCCGAUCUCACCAUUUGGGCAGCAAUUUCCACUGUCCCCAGUCCCUCCAAAAAGAUCCAAUUCAUUUCACUAGGUAACGAUCCGGUGCUAUCGAGCGGUUCCAAUGUGCUCUUCAACGAGAUCAAUCGUCUGAUAUCUCUAUCGGACUUUGGGAUCUCUAAUUUAUCUCGCAGUAGUACUGCUACAUUUCAAUCUCCUGUUCUAGGGUACUCCGAGGCCCCAAGUAGUGUCAGUGGCAGAAAUUCCUCGAAACCUGUCAACAAGUGGCCGAUGUUCUAUAUACGCAUCGAUAACAGUACAUCUCUAACAUUAGAUGAAGAUGGUGAUGGGAUAUCCCCGAGUUCAGACAAGUCUUUUCAACGCGUCACCGACCUCCUCGAGGCAAUGAUCUUGGAAUUUCUCAAGCAACAAAAUAUGAGACCCCGGAUCACGAAGCGGCACAGCAGGAUGCCAGAUCGUGAUCAAGGAGGCCCUUCAGUCGGUCAAAGUCGGGCUGAAUCGUUUUCCAAGAAUCGAGGUGCGGCAUCUAGUACAGAAGAGGCCCUUGACAAGAAUAUCAAACUUCCUUCAUUCCAGCGACCGCAGCAUUCAAAUUCAAGCCAGAAUCUGAACAGUUGGUCUAGGGUGAAGACUGCAAAACAGUUUGACAGCCAUGCACCCUGUCGAAAUACUGCUAGCCGCCUGGGGGAACAGAUCUUGACGUUACCUGAGCGUCCGCGGAGCCAGACAACUCAAGAAGAGUGUACCAUGGACCUGCCAGCCGAAACACCUGAAGGCAAUGGAAAAGAAGCUUCUAAGGAUGAAGUUGGGAAUGAAUCAUCUACGGCCGACAAAUUGAUUCCUUGGGUCAAUCAGCGUACCGGGAAAACACAUAUGAUUAAUUCACGAACGGGUCAGACAGUCCAACCAACUGUGCUUGGCAAACCCACGAGAUCAAAUCUACCAAGACUAGGUGGUGCCCAAGAAUCAUCAUCCACCCCAAAGGUUUGGGUAGAAAAUUUGCUGAAAUCGUGGGAUAACCCUACAUUUACCCGCACGGAAAUACCUUUACCGAGCUUUGAUCCCGAAACGGAUUACUUGAAUACGGUUUCGUCUCGCAACUGUGUUCAUGAUUUUGGAAAUAUGGAGGCUGCCCAAAUUACCAAGUUCAAAGGAAAGCUCCAACGCCAAAGCCUAAUGAAGGCCACGAUCAUCGCACAAGUUGAUCAAAAGUAUAUUCUCGCCAAACUGGACGCAGCACCUUCACAAAGCUCCAGUAUACAGGAGACUGUUUUGGUAUUGAUCGACCAACAUGCCGCAGAUGAACGUUGUCGAAUCGAACAAUUAUUCGAGGAGAUGUUUAUUUCAACAGAAUUGCCGUAUCAGAAUGAGGUUCGCACUGUUGAGAUCAACCCGAUUACUUUCAAAAUUUCUUCGACAGAAGCUACACUUUUUCACCGAUAUCGAAGCUUCUUUCAAGACUGGGGAAUAUGGUACCAUAUAGACGAAACGUCAGACUCCGAGUCCACCGUCUCUAUCCAAUUGUUACCAGCCCUGAUUGCAGAGAGAUGCCGCUUAGAGCCUAGGAUAAUCAUUGAGCUCCUUCGCCGUGAAAUUUGGACAAACGAGGAAACCGGUAGGAGGAAGCCACUGGGUGCGGGGAUGGCCUCUGCAAAUAGCCAGACUCGGGGCGAUGAGAUGAACAACGACAACGAAGCCUCUCUCGCGGAACCUGAAUCAGAAUCCCCUGCCCCGCAUUCUUGGGUACAAAGGAUGAGUGGUUGUCCCCAGGGUAUCUUUGAUCUUUUGAAUUCCCGUGCCUGCCGGGGGGCUAUUAUGUUUAACGACCCAUUGAGCAUUGAUGAUUGCAGGACGUUGGUUUCACGGCUGGCUCGGUGUGCGUUCCCGUUUCAGUGUGCCCAUGGACGGCCUUCCAUGAUUCCCAUACUUGAUCUGCGGCCACGACCAGAGUACGAGGUUGAAUCUUUUUAUGAGGGCAUGGCAGCUGACAGUAAUGACUAUGAAGAUUCAGGCUUGAAUUUUGUAGAGGCCUUUCAAGCGCAAUAUGUACAUACAAAUGUUGACUGA